AUGGACAUGGUAUUCACAAGCCUCGAUGAUUUUUAUUCAAUGUAUGUUAAGUAUGCCAAGGCUUGUGGGUUUUCAGUCAGGAAAGGGACUGAAAAGAUAAACUUCAAAGGUGUAUUACAUAUUAAGUAUUACAUGUGUACGAGAGCUGGGGCUGGAUCAUGGAAGGUCUAUAAGUUUUUCGAGGAGCACAACCAUGAUCUUGUUGAACGUCCUGAUAAGCAUUUUCUUCCAACUGAACGACACCUCACUAUGCUCCAGAAGCAUGUUAUACACAGCAUGUCUAAGUUGAAUUUGGGUCCAGUCAAGGCGUUUAAUGUUAUGAAGACAUGUUUUGGCGGUUUUGAAGACGUGGGUGCAAGUAAAGUUGAAUUUAAGAACUACAACAGGCAAAUCAACUUGUUUAUAGGGGAAUACGACGCCGAUAUGGUUGUGAGACAUUUGGAUGAAAAAAAACAUUCCCAGCCUAAUUUCUCGUACGAUUACUUCACAGACGGAGACAAUCGUUUGAAGGGACUUUUUUGGUGUGACGAUCAAGCCAAACGUAAUUACCACGUGUUUGGUGAUGUGAUUUCGUUUGACGCCACGUAUCGUUCCAAAAAAUACAUUAUGGUGUUUGUACCGUUCACUGGUAUAGACAAUCAUCACUGCAAUGUUACAUUUGGUGCUGCAUUAUUGGCGUCGGAAACUGCUGAUACGUAUACUUGGUUGUUGAGAGUUUUUCUAAAAGUUGUUGGUUCUCAACCAAAAGUUGUUGUCACUGACCAAGAUCCAGCAAUGAAGAAGGCUAUUUCUACUGUUGGUGUUAGGCUAUGCAAUUCCACCAAUUUCAAAGAAUGUAUUUGUGGUGUUGUGUGGACGGAUAUUCUUACACCUGAAGAGUUUGAAUCAGAAUGGGAAGUGGUUAUCAGAGAGUUCAAUUUAGCAGAUAAUGAUUGGCUAUCUGAUAUUUUGCACUCAGGGAAUCUUGGAUCCCUGCAUACUAUGGAAUGGAAGAGUUGUCGGGCCUUAUACGAACGACAUCGAGGUCGGAGAGUAAUGUACCGUAAGUCUGAUUGCACAUGCAGUUGCUCAUGCAGGCGUUUUGAGCAGUUUGGUUUGCUAUGUAGACAUAUAUUCUAUGUUUUGAGAAGUAUGGACAUUAAGGAAUUUCCAAUACAGUACAUUUUGAAUAGAUGGCGCAAAGAGGCUUCCCCAAACUACUCUCCCGAAUACUCAAUUAGUCGUGAAUAUAUGACCGAGCUUGAUCCUGGUGUGCAAAGUAUGAUGCGAGAUAUUAUUUUUUCAACGGAAUAUACUUUGAACCGUUUAUCUGGUAAUAAAGGGGAGCUAUUCUUAUACAAGGAUCAUGUUCAAUCUUAUAUGAAGAAGGUUCAAGAUAUGCAGAUUGUUGCUCCUCCCACUAGUACUAGAGAUAGAUUUGCUGAGAUAACCGGUAAAUAUAAAAACGACAAGAAUCCGAUAAAAGUCCCUGUUGAGUAUAAAUCCAAAGGUGCUUGUUGUCGGAAGCGCCUGAAAUCUAAACAGGAGAUAGCAAUCGAGAAAAAAAAUCAAAGUCGAAACCCGGGGCCAAAGAAAGACAGUGUCAGAACUGCAAAGGCUAUGGACACUAUGCAUCGACAUGCAAACAGGCCGUAA